AUGGAGGCAAAGAAGAUUAUCGAGCAUGUCCAGGGCAUCAACGGCGGCCAAACAGCCACCGGCACGCUGACCCUGACCGACUUCCACAUGAUCUUCAGCGCAGUUAUCCCGUCGCCAGCACAGAAUGAACAAGAGCCCGCGCAACCGCAAAGGAAGCGGGAGCGAUGGAUCACGUAUCCCAUGCUCUCGCACUGCACGUUCCGGCCGACGCCUCCGUCAUCCCGUCAGGCCCCGUCGAUACGCAUCCAAUGCCGAGACUUCACUUACAUCACCUUCAACUUCACCACUACGGAGAUCGCGAGAGAAGCCUACGACCACAUCAAGUGCCGCACCUGUAAACUUGGGACCGUUCGGAACCUUUUUGCUUUUAGCCAUAAGCCCCCUAAGAUGGAGAGAGAGGUCGAUGGCUGGAACAUCUACGAUCCCAAGGCAGAGUUUCGCCGACAAGGCAUCAGCGAAAAGCUGCCGGACAAGGGCUGGAGGAUCACAAACAUCAACCACGACUAUAGCUUAUGCGAUACCUAUCCGGCAGUUCUCGUAGUACCAUCCAAGAUUUCUGAUAAUGUCCUCAAAUAUGCCAAGGAGUACCGCUCGAGAAAUCGGAUCCCGGCUCUCACAUAUCUCCACCCGGUAAACAACUGCUCCAUUACCAGGAGCUCUCAGCCGCUGGCAGGCAUCACCCGGAGGACCAAUGUUCAAGAUGAGAAGCUCGUGGCUGCGUCCUUUUCAGCUCUUACGAAUAAUGGAAGUGGAAGUUCCGAGGACCCGUCGCCGAUGUCGAGCCAGACGGAUAUGUUCAAUAGCACUGUUAUGCUGGAGACUCAGCUGUCAGACAAGGAGCGAUACGAGGACGAGCUCAUUUCCAAGUCCACGGCCAUUUACGACGACAAGACAGGCAAGCGGCUCAUCUAUGGCGCUCAGCAGAACAAUCUGAUUGUCGAUGCCCGCCCCACAAUCAAUGCCAUCUUGAACCAGGCCCAGGGGAUGGGCUCGGAACCCAUGGACAAGUACAGAUUCGCAGAAAAGAUUUUCCUGAACAUUGACAAUAUUCAUAUUAUGCGAAGCUCAUUGCUCAAGGUGGUCGAUGCGCUCAAGGAUGCCGACAUAUCUCCUCUACCCCCCAAUCGCGAUCUGCUGCAGAAUAGCAACUGGCUAAAACAUAUUCACGACAUUCUUGAUGGAACCGCUAUCAUCGCUCGUCAAGUAGGCAUCAAGCAUUCGCACGUCUUGAUCCACUGCUCGGAUGGCUGGGAUCGUACCAGUCAGCUCAGCGCCCUCGCCCAGAUCAUGCUGGAUCCUUACUACCGCACCAUUGAUGGGUUCAUUGUCCUCAUUGAAAAGGACUGGUUGUCGUUUGGAUACAUGUUUAGGCUGCGUUCCGGCCACCUCAAUUCCGAGGACUGGUUCACCAUCCAGAAAGACGCAUUCGCGGGAUUAAAGGUCCAGCCCGGGGAGAAUGACGGCCGCAGCGAUGCCUUUCAAAAUGUCAUCAGCGGUGCGAAGCGUCUUUUCAGCUCCAACAAAGAUGACGCCGACUUGGCCACCAUGGGCGAAACCGCCAGCGGCCAAGUAGUCGACGAAGAAGCCACUGUGCAGAAGAUGAUCAGUCCAGUCUUCCACCAGUUCCUCGACUGCAUGUACCAGCUGCUGCGGCAGAACCCGACGCGCUUUGAGUUCAAUGAACGUUUCCUCCGCCGUCUGCUCUAUCAUUUGCACUCUUGCCAAUACGGAACGUUUUUGUACAACUCGGAGAAACAGAGGAAAACUGCAGAGGUGGCGCAGAAGACGGCAUCCGUGUGGGACUACUUCCUGUGUCGAAGGCCCGAAUUCACGAAUCCUGAUUACGACCCUACCGUUGAUGAUCAUGUCAAGGGCAAGGAGCGUAUCAUCUUGCCAAGGCUCAAAGAAAUUCGCUGGUGGCAUCAGCUUUUCGGCCGGACAGAGGACGAGAUGAACGGUGCACUCAACGCUGCCGCCAUUGCUGAGAGCGACAGAGAGGCUGCUACCUCAACUUUGAGCUACCCUAGCGUUGUCCAAGCAACAGAGGUUCCAGAGGACCCGGCAUCGCGCCCGGCAUCGCGAUCGGCGUCGUCGGCUCCGAGCCCACAGCCCCCGAGUCUUUCGGCCAGCCAGUCGGUCAUUUCACCAACAGAGACUGCGCAUGGCAUCCUGACUCCUGAAGACAGGCAAGCCGCUCUGCAACACAGCGUGUCUGCGGACGGGAUGGGUGCAUUCGCCGCUCUUCGCGAUGGCAUCGCUGGUUUGAACAUUAGCAAAGCUGUCAUGUCCAAUUUCGGACGUGCCGCCGAGCCUGUUCCCGAGCACUCGGCUGCGGCAUCCAUUUCUCGCGAACAAGAGAUGCGAGAGAUGACUUAG